UGGCCAAUGGGCGCCGCCGACUCUCCCGUGCCGCGGCGCGGGGGGUGGGGAUCUCCCCGCCGCCGCCUGAGGAAUGUCAACUAUUCAACAUGGAGACGGCGGUUACCAGGCUCGAGACCCUGUUCCAGAAAGCAGAAUCUGAUCUGGAUUAUAUUCAGCACAGAGUGGAGUUUGAAAUACUGAAAAUGCUUCCUGAUAAUACAGCAGCAGAGGAGAAUCCAGUUGCUCUCCUGAAAGAGCUCCCGGUGCUGAAAUCCCGUUACAAAUCCCUGUGUGUGCAGAUGGAAGAAAUUUCCAUGGAACAGAAGGAAUCCAUGAAGAGCAUCCGUGCUGCCCUGGAGAAAACAAUGAAGAUCGUUCAGGCAUUACAGCAGCAAACUGAGCUGGAGAGCUUACCUCUGUCAGCAGAAGAACAGACUGCAGCUCAGCAGUUAAACUUCCAAACUGGGAAAGAAGUGGAAUUGCCAGUGGAAGAGCCAUCCYGUCCAGGAUCUACAGUCCCUGGCUCAGCUGAAGAACCUCAAUUCAAGCCACUGACUGAGGAAACRUUUAUGAGCGUGCCAAGGAGCAUCAGAAGCACUGUCAAAUUAGCWGACUUGAACUUUUUGUACAAGGGGUUAUUUAACCACUUCAUUGUASAGAAGAACAGAGAAGCAUUGAGUGUUUCACAGAUGAACAAGAUGAAUAUGAAAGCCACUGACUCAAGAAUUCAAAUCCUGAAAGAGYUGGGGAUUGUGGAACUCGACAAACAAGGAAAUGUUAAAUUAGCUGAGUGAAUGAAAGCUCAUCUUUCACAGAAACAUCUCGGUCACAGCUCCUGGGUUGGUAAAGAACAAGGAUUUCUCUGGAAGAAGAGUUCCAAGUCCGCUGCUGGGAAKUUGUUAAUGUUUCUGUGCACAAAUUCUGUUGAUAAUACUUGAARUCAGAGAGUUCAAAAAGAUUGAGGUUGGCAUUUACCUUGGCCKUUUAAAGGAUUAUGGUCGAUGCAUUUUUGAGGAAUGUUGUGGGCCAUGUGACAUUUCCAUUUCYUUGCUGCAUUCCUGAGGGGGUUUAAAAGGCAAAUACUCCAAGCUUCUUAAUUGUACUUGCAUUCCUGAAUAAAGAUUUAUUCUUUGUUUAUAUGA